CAACCAUCAGGGUCGCAAAGCCAUUUUUGGAUAUCACCAGACUCAUUCGUUAUUUUUUUUUUUCGAAUAGAUUCUGGGAUAGCCUUCCCGGACCCCUGCCAAUCUUUUUCUUGUGCGUCGACUUUCACCACCAAUUCCUCCACCCUCACCUCCCUCACACCCCCUCCUCCUCCUCUACCCAGAAACACGAAAACCGCCUUUACGCUCUUUUAUAAUCUGUCACUCCCUUCAAUUAUAAAAAACACCUAGGCGGGAAAAACGCGAAAAAGAUUUCCCCUCGGCAUCCCUGAAUCUCACGACACCGUGUCUCGGUUUCUAUCCCUCGUCCACAAAACUACCGCCAAGAUGUUCAAACGCUCGUUCCGGUCCGGGGACCGCGUGGACAAGUCGGCGAGGCUGAAGAAGGCCAACACGGCUCGGGAUGUCCAGAAGCUGGCGAAAAUACAACAGUCGAUUGAGGAACUUGGCCCUGCCAAGAAGAACCUCAACUCCCCCAUCGUCACCCUGACGGUCGGCAAGGAGGCCCGACUUUUCGCAGCCCACGAGGAGGUCCUGUGCCAAUCGCCCUUUUUUGAGAAGGCGUGCCGGGACCAGUACCUCGAGGCGCAGAGCAAGAGGAUUUCGCUUCCGGACGAGGAGCCCGAGAUCUUCUCGGCCGUGCUCGAAUACCUGUACAAGGGUGACUACUACCCGCGCUUGUUGCACAACAAGCACCGGAACUCUUGGGAGCUCGAGGACGCCGUGAGGUCACCAGAUCCCUCAGAAAACAACCGAGCUGGCCGCGGAGCGGUCGAGGCUACUAUGUACGUCUCUAGCGUGGGACAAUACCUCCUUCGGGACACCGUCGUGUACUGCGCCGCCGAUCGAUACGGACUCGAGGAGCUCAAGCGCCUGUCUCUUCGGAAGCAGGGUCUGCAGAGUGGGAUCGACGUCGGAACGAUUCUUCGGUCGGCCCAGUACGCCUACGACAACACGCCGGACUCGGACUCGCGCUUACGCGCUCACUAUCUCGCUCUGAUCAUUCGAUGUCGCAAGACGUUUAAGAGGAGCGGAACCAUGCAGGCAGAGAUGGAACGGGGCGGCAAGCUCUUCUUCGACCUGUUCGUGGCCAUGUGCAACCAUCUCGACGACGUCGUGGAGAUGACCAACUCCCGGACGCCCAAGACGAUCUGAAGACGUUUUGAUGGUUUGCUGUAACAACAUGGGCUUGCCAAACAACACCAAGCUCCUCGGAGCAGAAUUACGGCGUUCACGCGUGCAUUCGGAAAGGUUCCCCCCUGCUUUCUCUCUUCUCUUUUCUCUUUUCGGCGAGGAACGGACAUAGGUACAAGGGGAUGACGAUUCAGCUUUCACUCUCGCUUCUGGCACUCUUCCCUCAAUUCGACCUUUUCCCAGAUAGGACUCAUCAGAUUGGAACACCCAUUGGGAGGGUUUACUACAUCACCAGCAAACACUCCGCUUCUCAUCGAGGUUGGCCGACCAUUUUGAUGAAACAUUACCUUAUCCAGGAGCACCGGGAGGGAGUUCGGAACGCGGGCACGGUUCUUUUUUU